AUGUUACCUGAAGACGCGCAAGAGGUGCCUGGAAGGUCUGGUUUAGUUGUUUGGGAUGAUCAAGUCGACACUACCGAAACCCCUCGAUCCAACCGUGACUCAUUCACGCCUGAAGUCGGCCAUGAUAUUUCGCUGUUCCCAACUCCCAUUACCAUUGCCCCUCCUCUGGUGCCACUCAUAGAUGAGAUCACCGGCCGAGGAAGAACAAUAUCAUUAUUCACCCCAGACCCUUGUCCUCACCACCCGUCUCCAAAUUUGCAGACGCCUUACAAGGGCAAUACCAUUGGUACUUCCUUACUGCCACAGGGAUCCAGGAAUAGACCGGUAUACACAAACAACACUUUGAAGGAGCGUGCAGAGUAUGAAGCAAGUCGAAUAGUUCAUCAGGUCAAGACAUUCGCAGAAUCGGGACAAACAUCUUUUAUCCACUGCUCUCAAACUAGCAAUUCCACUGUACUACGAGAUGCUUUGGCUGCUUGUUCUCUUUACACAGCGCGCAACUCAGCGAAUGCAUCUCUUGUAACAUCAGAAAUUUCACGGCGAGCAGAAUUACUCAUACAGGCGACAGACACAGCAAUCGCUUUGGGUCCUCUGAGCUCUCAAUCGGCCACGAGUCUUGACCUCCUACCCUCUGUCCAGGCCAUGCUUGUGUACCAGUGCAUACGACUAUUCUGGGAUGAUAAUUCACUACAAGAACAGGCUGAGCAGGACGCCAAGUCAAUAGCUAGAUGGAUUGAUAUCUUGCAAGCACUGGCGCAAGAAACUACCUCCAGCAAUUCAAAAUUUAAUCAGCCCUGGAAAGACUGGGUCCGAGCAGAGAGCAUCCAACGUACAAUGAUCUUUGCAGAUCUUGUCGAGAGUAUCUACACCUUUCUCAAAUUCGGGUGGUACCAGCAAAGUACGAGGCUGGCUGAGCUAGGCUUCACAGGCCGCGCAACCAUAUGGAACGCAAGGUCACUUACAGAGUGGCAAAAAGCCAUAGAGCAAAAGACCUGGCUCAGAUUAGAUAUGUCGAGGUUUCUUGAUAGUGUUAAGGGGACUUGUUUGGAUGACCUUGAUGAAUUGGGGACUAUGAUACUGGUCAGUUAUGAGGGCUUUGAGGUGUUGAGAGAGUGGGCUGGUGAUGAUAAGAAGUUGCUCGAGAAAUGGGGCUUAAGCUCUGGAUGUAAUGAUCCAUUCAAGUAG